AUGGCAGAGUGGGUCCAGAAUCUCCAGAUCCCCACUACCUCUUUUGCUCUGAUCAACACUCUAGGUUUACCGCCCGGCAUCGCGCGUGGUUUCGCAUGCAUUAUCAAUCCAGCGUAUAUCGAUUCGCAGAUUGGCACUAUGCGCACGAUCGCGCUUGAUGAGAUCUACAUGUAUCACGAAUCGAUCAACACGCUGGAAGCGCUCCACGGCGAAAAUUUACACCCGCUGCGACGUGACUGUCUGGCCGAACAGACUUUGAAGAAGCUGAAGAAGCUGAACGACACACUUGGGUCAGAUAACAAGGAGUCAAAAUCGCUCAAGGUCAAAGUUCUGCACCUCCAGAAUCUACUCCAAAGUUUCCGCUAUAUUUUCGGGAACAAGCAGCUUCAGCUGUCUGAGGAGUACCUUAUUAAUCCAAACCUAGCCUCUGAAGAGCUUGAGUUUGGGGUGAGGUGGCAACAGUCCCGGAAUGGUGGGACUGCUGCGCAAAGAGACCUGGAGUCUCUGGAGUCCAACAACAAUGUCAUGCCCUUCUCGUCAACAUUUUUUGGUCGCCUAUGGUUCUUCUUUCGACAGGAUAGCAUCUCCAAAGCACUUAUGCGCAUCCACGAGCUAAAUAUGGACCUGAGUGAAAAGACGCAACGUCGCCUUCAACAAGGGUCAGUAGCGAAAGCAUCCCGGGCUUGGAUUCUACAUCUUAGGAUCUGGGUUGACGCAUCUACAUCCAUCCCUCUUCUUCUCUGA